UGCACAGGACAGUGGCCUGGUCACGGGGGCCCGUUGUGGGGAGGUUGGGAAGUUGACGAACACUCUGGCCGCCUCUAUCAUGUCGGCCAAGAGGGCGGAACUGAAGAAAACAAACCUGAAUAAGAACUACAAGGCAGUUUGCCUGGAAUUGAAGCCAGAGCCGAUCAAAGCAUAUGACUACAAAGCAGCUAAACAAGAAGGGCCGUUUACCAAACCGGGAGGGACAAAGGAGCUAAAGAAUGAACUCAGGGAGGUGAGGGAAGAGCUCAAGGAAAAAAUGGAGGAGAUAAAACAGAUAAAAGAUGUAAUGGACAAGGAUUUUGAUAAACUCCGGGAAUUUGUGGAGAUUAUGAAGGAAAUGCAGAAGGAUAUGGAUGAGAAGAUGGAUGUUUUCAUAAAUAUACAGAAGAACAGCAAGCUUCCCCUUAGGAGAGGACUAAAGGAGCAGCAAGAACUCAGGCAGAUAGGAAAGAUGGGCACAGACCCACAGCUCCGGCUCAAGAAAUUGGAUGGAGCUGAUGGAGGACCACUUGCUCGUCACAAACAGAUGAUGGCACCGCAACAACCAAAAAAGGACCCGAUGGAUUCCCUUCACCACUGUGAUACCUGCUGUGAGACAUGUUUCUUGUGUGCCCCAAAGAACAACUACAAUCAGGGGAAACUUCCAUACCAGGCCUGCGCAUCCUUUUCACCCUUGGCAUCUGGACCUGCUUUCUGAUUUAUCUGUGCUUCAACUUCUGUGUGACCGAGGACGUAGUUCCAACUUAGUGCCACCGCAAGACCUAUCCACAGCUCUGGUUCAGCCUCUUCCCACUCCUUGAGCUGCACGGCAAAGGCUUGCUUGCCUCUCGUGUACCACCCGGCCCCUGGCUCCCUCCAUCCGGAGAGUAAAAUCUUCAUUGAAAGCCAAA